CAAAAGUUCUUUUUUGUCCAAGAGAAACACUGAAAUGUCUCCGAGCACAGAUAACCUUAAAAGCCACAAUCAAAUUGGAGACUGCGGGUAACUUGGAGGGAUACACCCAAAACCAAUACACUUUACUCCUCUUUACCCCAGAUCCAGAUCGAACGAACGCUAAUACACUUCCUAUUUACCUAUCUUCUCCACGUAUCACCAGACUGUCGGGAACACAGCAGCUAGACUCUACUUGAGCAUACCACCGAAUUGAAUAGAAUCCAAACACACAAGAUGGCAUCCGCACCCAAAGAUCAGCAGGACUCUGCAGACAUCAAGUCCCGCCUCAAAGAGUCCUACGACACCAUCGCAACCGAAUACAACGAAUGGACCCUCCGCCAAACCUCUCUCCGCAUCGAGUACCUCGAGAAGCUCAUGGAGAAGCUCCUCACCGCCAAGCCUCUGACAGGUCAAAUGUCCCUCGUCCUCGAGCUCGGCUGCGGCUGCGGCCUCCCCGUCACCGAGAGGCUCCUCACGGCUCCGGACACCUACGUCACCGCAAACGACCUCUCCACCACCCAGAUCGACGUCGCCCGGAAGAACCUCGCCAAGCACGGCACCGACCGCGUCUCCUUUGCCGAGGGCGAUAUGAUGAAGCUCGAGUUCUCUGAGGGGUCGUUUGAUGCUGUUAUUGCCAUGUAUAGCAUCAUCCACCUGCCCCGCGAGGAGCAGACCGAGAUGAUCAACCGUGUUGCGAAGUGGUUGAAGCCUGGUGGUCUUUUGCUCGCCAACUUUGCAUCCAAGGAUUUGCCUGCUGUUGUGAAUGAGAAGUGGCUUCAUGAGAAGGGAUGGAUGUACUGGAGCGGUUGGGGCGCUGAUGCGACUGUCGAACAGCUCAAGGAGGCUGGGUUGGAAGUUAUCGUCAAGGAUAUCGUCGAUGACAAGGACGACGCCGAGUUCCUCUGGGUCAUGGCGAAGAAAUAAGCGGUAUUCAAAUGAAUUUUUGUCGUUUCAACUCGGGUCCCGGAAUACUCAACAUCGAGCGGAUAUCAGAGGCAUCCUCCCGUCAUGUCAGUCUGCAUAUCUUACCUUACUUACAUGGAAGACAUGACGGGAUAUCAAGGGUUGCCCAAGUCGAAGUACCAUGUACUUUGAACUGGUGGGGUUUCGCUUCUUUGAGCAAGUACGUCACGGUACAUUGCGGUUUGUCAAUGUCGAGCAUGACAAGAUAUUGAUAGUCUAAAAGUUGAUAAAGUCAAUUAAACAUUCACUCUACUUGAUGAUUAAA